CCUCGCCUCCCAACCCCCCCUCUUUCUUCCUCGCCAACAACGACCUCCUCCACAUCAGAAAAAAAAAAAGGAAAGCAGGCAAGGUGGAGUAGGAACCAUGUCCAACGUGCCCACCUCCCUCCGCGACUCCUCCCUCACCGUCUUCCGCCUCGCCAUCUCCAGCUCCGACCCCUGGCCCUUCUCUUCCUAACCCCAAACCCCUCCAUCCCCCUCUCGAGCUCCGCCGUCCGAUCUCCCUCCCCCCUCUCCUCCUUCCUCGCAACAGCCACAAGACUCGUCCGGUCCUCGCCUCCGAUGCACCUCAGGCAGCAGCAGCAGCACCACCAGAGGGCGGAUAUGGUGGCGCCCAAGGGGUGCGUGACGGUGCGCGUGGGGGCGGAGGGGGAGGAGCAGCGCCGCUUCGCCGUGCCGCUCGACCACCUCAAGCACCCGCUCUUCGGGGCGCUGCUCGACGAGGCCGAGCGCGAGUACGGCUUCAGGCACCAGGGCGCCAUCGCCAUCCCCUGCCGGGUCGACCGCUUCGUCCACGUCGAGCGCCUCAUCGACCGCGACCUCGGCGCGCACGGCCACCAGCUCGUCGACCUCGACUGCGGCGCCGCCACCGCCCACGGCCACGGCCACAUACAUCUGCCGCGCUUCGUCGGCUGCUUCCGCGCCUGACGAUGAUGGCGACGCGUCGUCGACCGGCGGAUCUCUUGCUGUUUCUUUGUUAGGGUUGGUUGAGUAGUUCUCUCCCGUAUGCUGCUGGCUAGUUUGUUUCGCCCUCCGGUCGCGAUGGGUUUGUUAUGCAUGGUUGUUCUCCAUUGGUUUGGUUUGUGCUGGGAGAAUCGAUCGGAGGACGAAUUCGAUGUUGAUGACGACGAAAAAUUAUGAUCCAAGUGUAAAGAGAUAAUAUUAUUGUUAGUAGCUUAUUAAUCCUGUACUUUUUUCCUUUUGUCAA